AUGGCUUCAAAAUAUCACGAUGAUUGGCAGUCUAGUAAGAAAACAGUCUUACAAAGAAAUGCGUAUAUGUUUGAUAACGAAUUGAUGAGCGAUGUAUCUUUCACUUGUGGGGAAUCAAGUCGCAUAUUUCAUGCGCAUAAAUAUGUGCUUGCCACGAGCAGUGCUGUGUUUUUUGCCAUGUUUUAUGGCGAUCUAGCUCAGAAAGAAUCUCCCAUUUGUCUACCAGACGCAGACGAAGAAAGCUUCAAAGAAUUUCUGCGCUACCUCUACACUGACGAUUGUAAAAUCACCGCAGGGAACGCGAUUGGAGUUAUGUAUUUGGCAAAGAAGUACCUUAUGAUGUCUUUGACAGAGAAAUGUUGCAAGGUUCUAGAGGCAAGCACUAAGCCUGAUAAUGUUUUCGUGGUGUUGGAGCAAGCAAUACAAUUUGAUGAACAAAAGUUGGAAGCAAAGUGUUGGGAUAUUGUAUCGAAGAAAGCCCAGGAAUGCAUAAACUCGGAAGCAUUCUGUAAUGUCGGAUCACAUAGCCUGAAGGCUUUGUUAAAGAGAAGGCCAUUGGAAAUAGCUGAAGUGGAAUUGUUCAAAGCAGUGUUAAAAUGGGUAGACGGCGAAUGUUCAAGACAGGGUAUAAAUAUUGAAGAAGACAAAACGGCAAGAAGACGCGUUCUAGGGGAUAAUGUGUAUGAAAUUCGUUUCCUUGAAAUGUCACAGGAAGAUUUCGCGAAACAUGUCUCUUCCACUGAAAUACUUACAGAGGCAGAGCUUGUUUCUAUUUUCCAGAAAUUUAGCGGAUUAGAUGUGGCUGGCUUGAAAUGGAAGGAGCAAAAGAAAACGCGACCUCAUAUAGUCAGUUUUAGCAGAUUUUACAUUGCCAAUUCAUUAGGCGGCAAUUGGAAUUAUAAGGGACGUUACGAUGCUCUUUCUCUGACUGUCAAUAAAGCUGUUUUGUUUCACGGUGUUCGCUUGUUUGGUGACGCUCAUGGUAGUCAAUACGAAGUCAAGUUUACGCUUAAAUAUGAAAAUGUAACAGGGACCUACACUUCAGAAAAGGACAAAGAAGGUGUAUGGGGAUAUGACGUCAUGUUGCCCAAACCAAUUUCUCUACAGCCAGAUGAACAGUUCACAAUAAUUGCGACAAUAACUGGACCACAAUCUCACCGCGGUGAAAAUGGAAAAUCAUCAGUAAAAAACGAUGACACUGUUGUGAUUUUUGAAAACGCACCUUAUCGUUCUCAUGGUUUGAUAUCAAAUGGUACAAAUAAAAGUUGCGGUCAAUUUUACAAAAUAUUCCUUUCUAAAAUCUAG